AACCCAGUUGGAUUCAACAUAUUGUUUUUAGCUUUCUUCCUCCCCCAAAAAAAAAGAAACAUUUGAUUUUGAGAUCCAACCAGAGAUGAGAGACAACAACACAAGAGAGGGAGAGAGAAGCUAUUCUUCAAAACAGCAAACACAAGCUCCUAAGUCUUUGAGGCUCAUAGACUCAUGUCUCAGGCUAAGUGUGGUUCCUCUCAGUGUUGCAACCAUCUGGUUAACUGUCACUAACCAACAAUCCAACCCUGACUAUGGCAGUUUAGACUACAACUCCAUCAUGGGUCUCAAAUAUAUGGUUGGUGUUAGUGCCAUAUGUGCUAUUUAUGCUCUGCUCUCUUCUAUUUCUUCAUGGGUCACAUGUUUAGUCUCCAAAGCUUGGCUCUUCUUUGUCCCUGACCAGGUCUUAGCUUAUUUGAUGACAACAUCAGUAGCAGGAGCAACAGAGAUAGUGUAUUUACUUAACAAAGGAGACAAAAUGGUGACAUGGAGCGAAGUUUGUUCUUCUUAUCCACACUUUUGUUCAAAACUCACAAUUGCUUUGGGGCUUCAUGUCUUUGUUCUCUUCUCUUUCUUAUUUCUAUCUGUCAUUUCUGCUUAUCGAGCUUUUAGUGUCUUUGAUCCUCCUUGUGACGACUCUCAAACCAAUAUUAAUGCUUGAUUGGGUAGGGUUAAUUGUGUUUGCAACUUCGGAGUCAAUUUUCGAAAAUUGUUGCGGAAUUUUCGGUGAUCUAGUGUUCUUCAAAAUAUUAGUAUAU